UGCAAAUGCCGUGAUGCCCAAACUCUCGGAGCUCCCCCGCAGCUCCAAAAGCCCCAAACCCCAGGCGGUUCAGCAUUCCCGCAAAUAGCAAGAGCUGGCAGAGUUCUGUCAGCGCCACCAGCACCCCGGGCGUGCCGAGCCGCUGGCACCGUCCGAGCCGCGCUGACAGAGCCGCGCCUGCCGCGUUAGCUCGGGAAGCCCAAAGCAAACAAGCGGCUGAGGCCCGCCGGCCCGCUAUUCCCGGGAUGGCCCGGGAGCGGGAGCGGCGGGAGGGGCGCUGAGGGGAGCGCGGGGAGGGGCGGCGCGGCGCCAGGGCGCCUGCGCGAGAGAGCGAGCGGGUGGGCGGCGGGCUGGGGGCCGCGGCGGGAGCGUGGCCGUGGCUCCGGGAGCGUGUCCCUGUCCCUGCGGCACCGGGAACCGCGCCGGGAGCGUGUCCGUGCCCCUGCGGCCUUGGGGGCAGUGGGAGGCGCGGGCCCCGUUAAAGUCAUAUUUUGUGACAUUUGAAGAGCAAACAAUACUGUGGCUCCAUGAAUUGCAAAACUGCAGGAAGUGCAGCAUCCCUCCCUACCUCCAGCUUUACUUCCCUACUGUGACGUUCUUAUUGGGAGCUGUGGUUUCAUCCCCGCUGGAUAUGCAGUGACUUGCCUCAGCAUCAGAGCAGAGGAAGCUGUUUGUGGAUCGGGGAAAGCCAUGGCCUUGGGCUUGAAUGUUUUUAACCUCUUCUAUAAAUUCAAAGUGUUGGUGCUUGUCACUUUAUUUGUGAUGGUGCUAUGGACCACAUUCAGUUACUUAGUGGACACCAGACAGGAAAUUCCUAAAGCUAAGAGCAUGGUGGAGUUUUUCAGGAAGGUAACUAGCCUGGAGCACAGUCAAAAGGAAGAGAAGACUGAAUCCAAUGCAGAUGUUCCUGUGGUGAAGUCAUUUCAGGAUCCCUGCCCAGCUCUGUCUCCAUACCUGCGAGGUGCCAGCAAACUCUCCUUCAAACCCUCUGUUACCCUGGAAGAGGUGCAAAUGGAGAACCCUCAGGUAACCAAGGGCCGGUACCACCCUGUGGAGUGCUCAGCCCUGCAGCACGUGGCCAUCCUUAUCCCACACCGCAACCGGGAGAAGCAUCUGCUGUACCUCCUGCAGCACCUCCACCCCUUCCUGCAAAGGCAGCAGCUGGAUUAUGGCAUCUAUGUCAUUCACCAGGCUGGCAACACCAAAUUUAAUCGAGCCAAACUGCUGAAUGUAGGAUACCUAGAGGCCCUAAAGGAAGCAAGCUGGGACUGUUUCAUUUUCCAUGAUGUGGAUCUGGUGCCAGAAAAUGACUUUAACAUUUACAUGUGUGACACACAACCAAAGCACCUUGUAGUUGGCAGGAACAAUACUGGAUACAGGUUACGGUACCGGGGAUAUUUUGGAGGUGUAACUGCUCUUACAAGAGAUCAGUUUUCCAAAGUAAAUGGAUUCUCUAACAACUACUGGGGUUGGGGUGGAGAAGAUGAUGACCUUCGAAUCAGGGUUGAGAUGCAGAAGAUGAAAGUGGUGAGGCCGCCUGCUGAUGUGGCCAGGUACACGAUGAUCUUCCACAAGCGUGACCACGGUAACGAGGAGAAUCGAGAGAGGAUGAAGCUUCUCCGUCAGGUCUCUAGAACAUGGAAGACAGAUGGCCUGAAUUCCUGUUCCUAUAAACUGCUCUCUGUGGAACACAACCCACUGUACAUCAACAUCACGGUGGACUUCAGUGUGCAGCCCAAGGUCUCAUAGGAGCCAGCACCUCCCAAGUUAAGGGAAAUGGCAACAGAUCUCCUUUGUGGCUGCUGUUAGAGCAGAUGACUUCCAGCACCUGCUGGAAGAGUCCUUCAGUAGCACAGGAGCAAGUAAAGUGCUCCUUCACAGCAUCUCAUUGAGUGGUUGAGAGUUUCCUUUUGUGAGGACUGGAGUUACAGACUGACCCAAGGGACAGGUCCUCGUGUUCUUCUAUGCACUUUUUUCUGGGACAUUAGAAAAUGUGUCCUUGUUUGGGCUGGUCCAAGGACUUGAACAAACUCCCUGAAAAAAUAUUUGGUUUUGCAACUCUUUCUAAAGUUAUUUGUGGUCUAAUUAAAAGCACAAAAACUCUUCAAGAAUGACAAACUUGAUAAGAAAAGUUCAUUUUUUCCGGCCUAAGGAAAAACUGCUUAUGUGUUAGGGAAGGGCAGUAAUGGUAAUGGGUAAGGAGAUGUUACAAAUUUCUCAAUAAAUGCAGUCUACU